UUGUUUUGGUUGGCUGUGGAAAAUCACAACAAAUUUCGCUAGAAAAGUUCGAUAUUUUCUAAAGUUUUAUUUUAAUUUAUACGUUAUUCUAAGUGAAAAUGCCUCGAAAAUCUAAGGAUAACUCAAAUAAAAAAUCUGCAAUGGAAACGGUUGUGUUGGAAUGUGCCGAAAUCAAAAACGAACCACCGGAUGGAUUUUCGUACGAGGAACCGGAAAUGUCUUUCUGUGAGUACCGUCUCAAAUGUAACCACGUGUCGGUCCAAACGUCCAGAAAAAUUGGUUUAAGGGAUCGUGCUGUCCAAGUUGAUUCACUGCCUCGGCCUAAGGAACGCUCUUUGGACGUUGAAGCUGUCGGAGUCGGAAUUCAAGAUGAAGCACUUGUUGCAAAAGGCAGCGUGCAAAUUCAAUGUCGCAUGUGUUUGCGCCGGAUGUCUCGAGCCAGAUUGAGCUUUUUGAUGUUUCCUCAGAAUUCGAGAAUUCUUAACGCUAUCGGGAUAAAGAUUUAUCUGGGAGAUGCGUAUCCGUUCAUUUGUCGGAUUUGUAACGCCUUGAUUGAUCUUAUUUUUGAUUUUCGUAAAGCGUGUCACCGAGCUCGGGACUUGCUGGUCCAAGAACGGAAGUCGGUUGACGAUGAUGGAUGGGAUGACGCGGAAAACCUGAAUGUCGUUGCUAACUGCAAACUUAUAGUGGACAGGCAUAAACAGAAGAUUGAUAAAGCCUAUGACGAAAUUCUUACUAAGCGACACGAAACAUUGAUAAAACCUAAAAUUCAUGACAGUGUUUCAACUCCAAACGAUCAUGCUCAAAAAGAAUCAAAAAAGCUCGAAUUAGAGCCCAUAUAUCCAAUAAACUGCUUAAAUAAAGAUUCAGAAAUUGGAACUGAAGAUGCCAUACAAUCCGUUGAUCAGAAUGAAUCAAACUUAGUUUGUUCGAGUCCCGAUAGUAGGUCUUCAGAUCAUUUCAAUGCUGAAAUUAGUAACAUUGGUGACAAAAAGCGAAUAUCUAGUCCCGUAUCACAUUUGGAGGUGUCACGUGAAAAAACCAAACGAACUCGUAUUGUGACGAAACCUUAUAGGAAACGUGUUAAGGUUGAAGCAGAAAAUGAAUACGAAAGUGCUCAAAAGACUCACAAAGCCCGUAAAACUGCGACCGACCCAAACAGGAAACGAGGAGCCCUGUGCGAUUUCUGCGGCACCUGGAUCGAAUACCACUCGAUGGAAAGCCAUAAAAAUCAACACCUGGGGGUUCGCCCGUAUUCUUGUCAGCACGAGGGAUGCGAACAAGCCUUCCACAGUCGCAAUCUGCUGAUGAAGCACAUCCGUCGGCAUCACCGGGACGAUGGACCCGAGUAUCAGACCUGCGAGAUUUGUGACCAACGGAUUAAAGGACCGAAAGGGGCGCUCACCAAACACCAGAAAAUUCACUCGGAGGCGAAAAAUUAUGUUUGCUCGGUUUGUGGUAAAGGAUUUACCACGCCCGGUUACCUCCGACAGCAUUCUGUCAUCCACAGUGAUGAUAUGCCGUUUGCAUGUGGAGUAUGUGGUCGAAGGUUCAACAAUCGAUAUAACAUGCGUACGCAUGAAAGGAAGCACGUUCAACGAGGAGAAAGUUUUAUAUGCGAUCCAAAUGAUCCCGGUGAUCUUUCGCAGAGUAAUUCAACGACAAAUGCGGCACCCGUAUCGUCUUUGGGAAGCCAAUUUCCCAGUUCUACUUCACUGGAAACGGGGCAACACUAUCAGUAUCAACAGCCGAUUCAGCCCCCGUAGCACCGUUGUCGCGAUAUAGGUAUGAUAUAACUGUUUGUCAAACUUUUUUUUUGUAAGCAUUGAAUAAUUAGUAAGAGUUAUUGACACAAGAUUAUGCAGGCUUUGCCUAUCUGCAAACAAUUUACAUACACAUGUGGUAAUUUUUUAGAAAGACUAUUUUGAAAAUAGAGUGA